AUGGGUGCAGGGACAUUGAGGAAUAAAGGCGUCGGUGUGUGUUUCGGCUUGGUUUUUACUGGCGCAGGUUGAGUGGGUUUACUAACUUCAAUCCUGGGAUCUAAGGGAAAUGGGACACGAAGUUGGAAAGGGUUCUCUUUAACACUGCUAGAGGGUGUUCUUGCCCAAUCGGGAUACCUAUCCUCCGGGAUACUGAUCAUUUGUCCCAGACUUUGAGUUUACAUUUUUACCAUUAGCCUACAGAAAAUAAGACUUUUUGAAUUUUCUACGAAAGUAAACUCUUUGACACGCGGCAUAGCGACACAAUCAUUCUAG